CAUCUUGGGCUCGGAGAAUUAGUCAGUGAGACAGAAAGAAAAAAGAGAGGAAGUGAUCAAAUAAAAUCCAAUGGAAAGGUGAAGGGAAAGAGAAGGGGACAGAGGAAGUGUAGCAUGUGUCAGUCAAGUGUAGAGGAGAUACACAGCAGAGUGGGACAAAACGUAAAGUGUUGUUGUCAUGGCAAAUCGCUGGUGUCCGUCACUGGAGCAAUUCACCCCUGCCAGCCUCCAUUUUGGAUCAUCGGGUGGUCUCAAGACAGAGAUAAAAGAAGGGGAAGAAGAAGAGGAGGAGGAAGAACGCUCACCCAUCUACUCCCUCUCCAAGAGCUCUGUGGACAUAGUCAUGGCAACGAAAUCCCCACACCUGCGAGACCCUGCGUGGGCAAAACUGGAUCUGAGACGGAGUGCCAGCCAAAAUACACAGUCCUUCCCAAACUCAAACACAUUACAGCUCAGACCACUGCAGCAAUACGGACAACACACACCCACGCAGCCAAACGUGGCUCAAAACAUACACCAGCACGGAUCUCCCCUUAGAAACGAAUGUGUGGAGCGUUGGAGUGUGUAUAGCGGUAGCUUGUGUAGCAGUGGUAGCACACCAGAGACUGUAAUAUGGAAGGGAGGGGCCUCCCGCCCCUGUAGUAUGACUGAGGAGACCCUGCGCGUCCCGUACAUUGCUUGUUGCUUUGAGUCUCAGAAUUCGGUGCAAACACCAGCCACAACCUCACCUUGUUCCAUUCCUCAAAACACCAACAGCCCAGUGAUACACACAUGCCACCCCUUACACCAAUUCAGACCAUCACCCCUAACCACAGACACACGCUGUCAGACAGACCAAUCCUUACCUAUGUCCUCCGCCGUACAUGUAACCUCACCACAACCCUUAACCAUGACCACCGAAGGACGCCAACUAAAUCCGUUUUACCUUGCCCCUCACGCUCCUCCCUGCCCCUUCCCAUCUCCUUCCCGUAAAGCUCAGGGUGUGGAAGGUACGGAGGAGAGGAGCAGCAGUGAGAAGUUCCCUCUACAGCCACAGUGCACCAACUUGAGGACGUACUAUGGAGAGAGGUCUCCUAUGGGUGUUGGCCUGGGCAACCCUGUACAGCAGCAAGAAGUAGAGACGAGCUCUCCUGUGUUUUUACCUACCUCCCCACCUGUGCACCUGGCCAUGUCAUGGUUACCAAGACACACCUGUCAGUCUGGCCGGGUUCAGAGGUUGGCAGGAUUGGUCUUUUCCUCCAGUGACUCUCAGUUGGAUGGCUGCAACCGCAGCUGCUAUAACUCUGCCCACUCAGGGAUCAUGAACUUAAUGACAUCAUUACCCCAGGGAACACGUUUCAGGGAGGAAGGGACGAUGACAUCACAGAGGGAGUUGGUGGAUGUUGGGGUGCAGGUGGGGUCACCCCAUAGCACUCUGAAGGAUCCUGGGUCAGACAUGUAUCUGUUUCCCCCCCAGCUGUGCCACAUCUACAUGGGCUCCAACAGUUAUCUAAGUUCACAGUCUGUCUUGGGGUCCCCUCCAGGGUCAAGUUUAAACCUGAGGUCAGCAUUUGGCUCCCAGUCCAAUCUGGCAUCAUCCUCUUCCAGUAUGUUCCCCUUGGACAGCCCCAGGGAGGAGUUGGAAGUGGUGUGGGAGAAGACAGGGGAGAUGGGGAGGAGGAGGUCCUGUCUGAAGGUGGCAGUACAGGGUGAGGACAGCAGGAGUGGAGGACACAGAAAGAGGAGAAAUAGCAUGAAGCAGGUGCAAUGGGAUGAAGACGGACUGACCUGGGAUGUUUACGGAGCCUCUCUAGACCCAGAAGAACUCAGCUCGGCAAUACAGAAACACCUGCAACUCAAGACCCGGAUAGACAACCUAACCACAGAAUUCACAGCCAAGACCAAAAUCAAGUCAAGGAAUAAGACGUCCAAGACCAAAACUAAGACCCCUCUAAUGCAAACUGCUACCUCGUCAACAACUAGCACAGACAAAAGAACGAACACUGGAAUUGCAAGCUUACCAAUGGUACCAAUGGCAACUGUUGCCACAGAGAACGAGGUUGACACUACAAAAGACCGACAACAAGGAGCCAGAGAGUGUGAAAAAGAGGAAUAUGAAUGUAGAAAAGGGAAAAAGGAAAAGGGAGAGAGAGGAAAAGUACAAAGGAAAGCAGGGGGGGAUUUAAAGGGAGAGAGAAAUGAAGAUAGGAAGGAAGAGGGAGAUGGGAAGGAACGUGAGGGGGGAGGACAGAGGUGUGAAGAGGAGGACGAGACACUAAUGCUGUCAAAUGAGCCGUCGUCCCAUGAGAGUGAGCGCAGCUGGAAGAAGAGUGGGCGAGUGAUGAGGUCACUGAAGCGCUGCAUUCGGUCCUCAAACCCCAGUGACUGACACUGGAGGCACUCCAAGAAGACAGACGUUCAGCUCAUUUUAAAACGACACAACAUAUGGGACUAACAAAAGUUGGUUGCUGGCAGGGUGCAGUCUGAAGAGGGAAAAGUAUGUCACCCUAAACCCCAUCCC